AGAAAGUAAGAGUAUUUGACUUUUCAUCCAUUAAUUGCUACCAGUUUCAUUAUCUCAAGCUUGAGUUUUCCUCUCUAUAUAUCUUAUCUUCUUAUUCAAAAGACUCGUAGUUUUGCUUGGCCAGACAUCGAUAUUUUAUCUCCAACUUAAGGAAUUAAGAGCUGUACAGUUACGUACGCGCAUGAAAAUGAGAAAGCUCAUCAGAAUUCUUCAUUCUUUCUGUACAAGUAUAAGAAGAAAAUCCAAACAGAAGCAGCAGCAGGGGUUACACAAUAGCAGCAACGAAGUCAUGGAUACUGUCGAUAAUCUUGUAACCAAUAUUGACCAUGUUCGUAGUCAUGAAGGUAUAACAACAGUUGAUAUGGAGGAGUAUUGCAACUUAUCCAGUACAACGACUGCUGGUUCAUCCGUUCUCUGCAUGUCCAUUUUUACUUGGAAUAUGAACGGCAAGGCCUCUUCUCUACAAGAUUUAACGAAACUAUUAACGGGGAGUGAUGGAGAUAGGAAAUUGGAUUUACUUGUACUUGGUUUGCAAGAAGUACCAAGAUGCAACAUUACUCGAACUUUGAAGGAAGCUCUUGCUGAAACCCACAUCCUUGUAGAGAAAUCCAUCAUGCAAUCUCUACAGCUAUUUGUCUUUGUCCCAAAAGAUUAUAUGCUCUUCAUUACAGAAGUAAAAGUGGAUAAGCUUAGUGUUGGAGGAUUCGGAGGGACAUUAGUGAGAACAAAAAAAGGAGCUGUUGCCAUCAGUUUAAAAUUCAAAGGAAUCCACUUGCUUUUCAUUUCCUGCCAUCUCUCAGCUCAUGAAGGAAAUGUGGAGGAAAGAAAUUCAGAACUACAACGAAUUUCAAAAUCUCUCUUCUCCAAGAACAAAAAUCUGUAUGCUAGACCUAUGCAAAUUACAGUAUGGCUGGGGGAUCUCAACUAUAGAAUUCAAGGUCUCGAUACUUUCCCCGUCCGAAACAUCAUCCAGAGAAACCUUCAUGCACUACUCACAAGCAAAGAUCAGCUAUUACGAGAAGCUGAAAGAGGAAACAUAUUUAAUGGAUACAGUGAAGGAACUCUGGCUUUCAAGCCUACAUACAAAUACAAUGUAGGAACUAAUAAUUAUGAUACAAGCCACAAGGAAAGAACACCGUCCUGGACCGAUAGGAUUUUAUUCAAGAUCGAGAAGUACGGCAACAUCGAAGCAACAUUACAUGCUUACGAGUCGAUAGAUAGUAUACACAGUUCUGACCAUAAGCCCGUGAGAGCUCAUUUGUGCUUAAAGGAAUCUAACAACGAGAUAAAAACAUCUUAAUCUUUUCUGAAUCUCUAUGCAAAAUAGACCCAACAAAAAUCAAACAGUAUAAGCGUACCCGAAAAUCGGUCCAUUUUGAAUGCGGUUCCACUGAAUUAAUAGUGUGGCCAUAUUUAUUUGGCACAGAAAAACAGGUUACGGACCUUACGGUAGAAGAUCUUGUCGCAACGCAAGUGGAACCCUACAUAUCGAUACGUCCAAUCUUUACUUUACUCUGACAAUAAUUUCAUGGGCAAAUUAGUGGGUCCAGCAUUUACGACGAUCCAUAUUUAAUCCCGUUGUUAAUGGUACGGUAUGAGUUCUUGCCCGGUUGUUAUCAGUAUAGAGUGAGACAAAGAAACCAUUUGAAGAAGAAAUAUUUGGAUAUGCCACUUCCUAAGAAGGUUACUAUUUGUAUGUUCAUCAUGCACCUCCUUAAUCAGCUUUGAUGGGUUGUUGUUGAGUUUUUGUAAAGGUAAAUUGCAUAUUUAAUGAAAAUCAUCUUUUGUCACCAACAAUCAGAUGUUAAUCAUGGAGUCUAGAGAAGAACGGAGGGAAGUUUUA